UUGCCACAUAUGGAUAAAUAGAUUAAAAUUGAAAUCCCAUAAUUCAUAAAGAUAAAUUGUAUUAAGCUCCACACCAACCAAAUUCAACCAUACUUACAUAUAAUAGGGAAGUUGACGCAGAGUUCUGCCACGAACAAUAAGGGAUAAAUGUGAAUGCACAUAAAGCAUUUAAGCUCAAAGCCUUCUUUAUAGAAUUGCCUAAGUUGUGCAAAUUCCUGUCAGAACUGUUGCAUGGGACUGUGUACAAGCACUCCUAGGUCUAUGGAAUGCACUCCAAACUCUCUGGAUUGAAUCUGCACCUUUCUCAAUUAUGCCUCUCAUAUGAUUGUCUUUAAUGUUUCCUACUAUUGACUUUAAAGCCCAUGCUUGGUAGCUCUUCUUGCAUCUAUUUAUUGCUUCCCAAUUUAAGUGGACUGACAAAUACAUCCUUGUUAAAGGAAGGCUGAUCUAGUGCUUGUGAAAAGUAUUUCACAAUGGGCAGAGCCUUUCUGCAACAAAAAAGGGCUGCCAUGACCCUUCUCAUUCUUAUCAUGCUAAUCAGUCUUUGUGGUGUAUGUGCAAAGCAGUCUAACAACCAAUUCAUUCCUGUCACUUCCAAGUUCCAGACCAUGAAAUUCUCAGAUGGGUAUUCUAAUCUAUGGGGUUCUCAGCAUCAGGAACUGUCACAAGAUCAGUCUUCUACUACAAUUUGGCUAGACAGUUCAUCAGGAAGUGGCUUCAAGUCCUUGCAGGCAUACAAGUCAGGUUUCUUCAGUGCUGCCAUUAAGUUACAGGCUGGUUACACAGCAGGAGUCAUUACAGCAUUAUAUCUAUCCAACAGCCAAGAAUUCCCAGGUCACCAUGAUGAGAUUGACAUGGAGUUCCUUGGGACAACACCUGGAAAACCAUACACAUUACAGACCAACAUCUACAUCAGUGGAAGUGGAGAUGGUCAAGUUCUUACAGGCAGGGAGCUCAAGUUUCAUCUCUGGUUUGAUCCCACUGAAGACUUUCACAAUUACAGCAUUCUUUGGACCCCAUCUCAUAUCAUCUUCUAUGUAGAUGAUAUUGCAAUCAGAAAGUACCCAAGAAGGGUGUCUUCAACUUUUCCACAGAGGCCUCUUUGGGUGUAUGGAUCAAUAUGGGAUGCAUCUUCUUGGGCUACAGAGAAUGGCAAAUACAAGGCAGAUUACAGAUACCAGCCCUUUGUUGCAAAGUUUUCCAAGUUCAUUCUGAGUGGCUGCCCUGUUCAGGGCUCAGCUUGCUCUGCCGAGUUUUCCAGUUCUCUCAUCAAGAGUGGAACAGGAGGCCUAACCAGUCAAGAGAGGUGGAAAAUGAAAUGGAUCCAGAGCAACUAUCUGGUCUACAACUACUGCAAGGAUCGUGAACGCUAUCCCCAACGACUGCCUGAGUGUGGAAAACACUAUCAAGGCGCGAAUGGAAUAAUACCCAAUUGAUCCUCAUAAUACACUAGGUUCGUGAUCAUAUUGAGGUUCAUAGUGUAUUAUGGAUUACAACAAUAAGAUGACUUGGUGAAAAAUUAAGAAAAUAAAGGGUUUUAUAUAGAAGCCUAUUUAACAUGUAAUAAACGAACCUGUGUAGAAAUCUAUGUGGGGGUUGUACACAGUUCGUUAACAGGUGAUUCUGGUGUCUAAAUCAAUGUGGGUCUUAUAAAACUGGUUAAGGGACUUGAGUUUUGAUUCUCUUAAGACCAGUCUCUUGGCAAAACUCCAUGUUUUUUCAUCAAGAGUAACAUCACAGUUGGAGUUGUCAUUGUGUGGGUGUGUAUUCAAGCUAAUUUUAGAUCAUAUGUUCCAAAAAUAAAUCUGAGUAUUAUAAAUGCUCAAUCCAGGGGCCUAGAACUUAAAAGCCCAUGAGUAUUGGAUUGGUUUAUUUUGAUUGUUCUGCAUAGAUAUUUGCAGGACUCUCUGAAAGUAGCUCUCACAGGUAAUGGUGAUGGCAGAAGUGAAGAAACAGAAUUGUGAAGAUUGUUAUUGUAACUGAUUUUGGUUAACGAUUAAGUGAAAUAUUUAUUGGGAGAUUUAAUGCGCUCAA